AUGGCGCCCGUUUCUGAGGCCUCGACCGGCUCCAGCGCCCGGCAGGGCCGAGCAGGGGGAUCACGGGGGGGCACUGCGCUCCCCGCUGCGAGCUCGAGUCUCUCGCGGAGACAACCCCGGCGCACGCCGUUGGUGUCUUCCGCGUGUGAUGAGUCCAGCUGGCUGAAGGAAAACCUUUCGUGCACCAAAAACGACGCUUCGUCGCCUGAAGACGUGAGCGGCGCCUCGACUGAGUGCGUCGCCUCUGUCCCGUCUUCGGCGUACCCUUCCGACGCCGAAUCAUGGUCCACAGCCUCGGGGAUUGCCCAGAAGGUGCGCAUGGAUGACAGGGCGCUGCGCCGUGCCUCGCGGAGUCCAGGCCAGGGGAACACAAAAGCUGCCUGGGCCCCGCAUACUGGUCAGGAGAGCGUCGGAGACGCGAGAGGCCAACCAGGCGGCCUCUCCAACGCCAGCUUCUCCCCCGCUUCCUUCGAGGAGACCGUGGCGGAUCUCCGAGAGACCGCACGCCUCACCUUCGCUUCCGUCUCUUCCGCGUCUUCUUCGCGCAGCACUGCGCUGGCUGCUUUUUCUCCAGCUUCGUCGGCGGCGUCUCGCGAUACCUCUGACGAGCUCCCCCCCGUCCCAGCCCCGGCAAACGACGAGGGCAAGCGGCGGAGUGUGGAGGGCGAGUUCGGCGCUUUCCCCUCCCAGAGGGACUGGACGUUGUCGGGAGGCGGCUUCAUCCACAGUUCCCCCUCGCUGACGUCCCAGCAGGAAGGCGCGUCCGCGAUGGCGAGUUUGCCGGUGGCCUUUGCGGCGGCGGCUCCGCUGCACUCGGAGGAAUCUGCCGCGCUGACGCAGCAGGUGGUGGGAGGCUUCCGCCGAGCCGCCUCGGUGGGAGCGGGUAUAUGUACACCCCAGAAGCAAGCGAAGCCGAAGCGGCACGCGCGCCCCGUCCGGGCGUGUCCACAGGCUCUGGCCCGCCGAGAAAUUCCGACGAAGCCGCUACGGAGCCUGGACGCGAAGGUUCUGUACAAGUACCGCGCGCCGGGUGGGGCCGGAAUUCAGGUUCCCGCCCUCAGGCUCGAAUCCGCGCCGACAAAGCUGAGCAACUGGAGGUUUUCCUGGCAGGAAGUUCUCUGCUACAACCCCCGAGCAUACACCGCCACGCCCCAAUUCAAAGAGAACUACCUCGUCAUGCGUGCAGGCAUUGAAUCCUUCGUGGCGUCGAUGACCGAUCUCGUCUUCGUGGAUCGAAAUUCCGCACAUCUCAACCCCGCCUACGUGUACCACGCCUACCUGCUGCCUCCCGUUUGUCCCCAUAACUUCCACGCGGCAGCGUGCAUCCAGUGUUACACGAGCGACGACGGCUGGCUGAGUCGAGGCGCGUGGAAGCGCGUGCGGCACCCGAACGGAAGCGCCGAAACUUUGCAGCCGACGAAUCCUUUGCUGAUUCCCUUCCGGCCCGCGGAGACGCUCGAGGAGAGGAAGCAGUUCCACUUUCAGUUUCGCCAGAAGGCGUUUCACCCUUUGUACGAAGACACUUCGGUCGGCGCAUGCAGUUCGGGGACCGGAGACGGCGCCAGCCAAGCGAAGAAGCUGCCGCUCCAUCUGUGGAUUCUUCUCGGGGGGAAGGACAUGCAGGCUCUCGACGGCAUCGUCGUGGCGUGGAAAUUCCUGCGCUUCGCCUCGGAAAUCCCGCCGAGCGAAUUCGUCGAGUGCCCUGGCGAAGCGACGGUCUCCGGCUGCGCGGAGACGCCGACAGGCUCCCUCUUCUGGGGCGUGAACCGCAACUCAGGACAGAGACAGUACCACCAGUACCAUUCCGCGGGAAGAAAUCCCACACAAGACCAGACGUGUGAAGCUGCAGACGAAUCUCAAAAAUCCACAGGCCGUUCCUUUUCUCCGUUUGGGCCUUUUCUGUACGACAUGAAGGGCGUGACGGAGGACAAAAAGUAUCGCGUUUCGUUCUUGAUGGUAGACAUUCCCGGCUACGGCAACUCCUCCGGCCAUCCCUCGCCCGACACGAUCCGCAGCUGCGUUCUCCAGGCAGUGAAGCACGCCCUCAUGGAGUUGGUGGACCAGCACGGCGAAGACAGCGUCAUCAUCAACAUUCUCGGCUAUUCUCUGGGGUGCGCGGUUGCUCUCGCGCUCGCCGCUGACCUCGCCGAGUGUAUCUACAACGACUUGCCUUUUGCGCGGGUCAGCCCCUCGCGCACGUUCCGGUCCCCCGCUCCGGCCGCCUCGGGGAAAAAGAUUGCGACGGCUUCGAGGCUGUGGGAAGAACGGAUGAAGAGCUCGAAGUGGGAAGCGCAACACCCUGCCGGCGAAGGCGCGGAUGGGAAGAACUCGAAAGUGCACUCUGGCGUCACCUUUGGCAAGGAAAACUUAACUCUCCGAGACACCUGCAACGUCGCCCUCAACCAAGACGCAGAGAGUCCUCGAGUCGUUCCCCUCCACGAGGACUAUCUCGGCGACGCCGACAAGCCUGAUGGCCUCAGACUCGCGGUGAACCGCCUGGUGCUUCUCGCGCCGUUCACCUCGAUCCAGGCGAUGGCGUCUCGCGUCGCUGCGGCGACGGUCGGCGGGGGCGGGCUCAUCAGCCGCGCAGCGAGCGCCCUCGUCAGCCGGCAGAUCAACUGGGACAACGAAGCGUCGAUGAAACGUCUCUUUGAAGUCAUGAGCAAAAUCGGGAAGACGACCCAAUCGGACAUCUUCCGCAACUUCCGGCUGUACAUCGAGCACGGAGACAAAGACAGCGUGAUCCCAUGGACCAUGGGAUACGAGCUGUUCACCCUCGCCAAGUCUCUCCGGGCUGCCCUGAACAUGCCUUACAUUCCUCUCAAGUUUUCUAAGCUCGCGGGCGAGUCGCAUGCGACAAUCCUUUCGGGCCAGAGUGAGCUUCCGUUGCUGGAAAGUUGCUUCGCUCCGUACCGGUUGCACCCUGCGUCGCCCCUCGCGCUCUUGAAAUUCUACUCUCGCAUCACUCACCUGCCGACCCCAAACCCGCCGCGACGAGACGCGAUGCCGCCCGGGGUGUAUGCACAGUCGGGUCUGGUGCGGCGUGUCCCCGUGGCCGCUGCCUCCACUUUCCCCUCGAAGACAGUCGUCAUCAGUCGUCAGAACACGUCUCCAGCCUUGCCUUCUCUCGCGGCGACGCUGUCGCGCUCCUCGACUUUGGAGAUGCUCAGCGUCUCGCAGGCGGCGCCCAGUCGGCAGCCUGACGUGGGAUCCGAUCGCCGCCUGCGCUAUUCAACGAGCGACUCUUUCCUCGUUCCCGAAAACCCCGGAACUUCACAGCGCGCCCCUUCGGCAGCAGUGUCCCCAGCGCGUCAGUACACGAGCACGUCGACUGUUUCUCGACGGGCGGAGUCCAGCGCAGGCGAAGUCCAUGAUUCGCACUCUCCAGCUUACUCCUCGUAUCCUUUGGUGCGAGCGGCCUCGGGGCUGUUGCCUUCGGGCGCUUCCGACCUCUCGAGGGUGAGUGGAUUCCAACGCUCCAGUGCCUCGCCUGCCGGUACACACCCUCGCCAGGGGAACGGGGAGGGGACUGCGUUCGUGGGGUUGCCGACGGGUUCAGGCACUGCGACUCGCCAGCUGCCGCCUGUGCCGACGCCGACGCUUAAUCGCGCGAACACGACAAUGUCUGUGCUUCUUCUGGGCUCCAACCAGACGCCACAGCCUUUAGGGUCACAGAAGCCGUCUCUGCUGACGAGCGUGAGCCUGCAAGCGCCAGGGCCAGUAGGGCACUCCACCCUGCUCGCCCGGAGCGCCUCUCUGACGUCCAUGAGUGCGCAGUUGAACAGGUGUUUCAGUGUCGGCAAUUGA